AUGGAUAGCGCUGAGCAAGAGCAGGAGGCGGUGUACGGUGAAUUGAAUAACUGGACGAUGUUUCAUGACGCCGCGAACGACAUUUCGUAUGUUAUGAAUCCUGAAACGGUGGACAAGGCUGAAUACCAAAAGGCCGUAGAUGCUGGCAAGGAGCAGCACAUCGAGUUUCUGAAGAAGAAUUGUAAUUUCACAGUUCAACCAAAGCAUCUUUUCAACAAAGAGAAGUGGGUCUAUAGGAAGUAA